GCGGGGCGGAGCUUGGGGCGCUCUGCGCCAGAGCUUGUGGCGUCAAUGCGCCCGCCGUGUCCAUGGAGAGAGGCUGAGGCAGCCGAGCUCCGGCCCGAGGCACCGGGGCGCCUGGACGGCGAGGAUGUCGGCUUCGUUAGUCCGGGCCACUGUCCGGGCUGUGAGCAAGAGGAAGCUGCAGCCCACCCGGGCUGCCCUCACCCUGACACCUUCAGCAGUAAACAAGAUAAAACAACUUCUUAAAGAUAAGCCUGAACAUGUUGGUGUGAAAGUUGGUGUCCGAACCAGGGGUUGUAAUGGCCUUUCUUAUACUCUAGAAUAUACAAAAACAAAAGGAGAUUCUGAUGAAGAAGUUGUUCAAGAUGGAGUCAGAGUGUUCAUCGAAAAGAAGGCACAGCUAACACUUUUAGGAACAGAAAUGGACUAUGUUGAAGACAAACUAUCCAGUGAGUUUGUUUUCAAUAACCUGAACAUCAAAGGAACGUGUGGCUGUGGAGAAAGCUUUAAUAUUUGACUCCUCAAGACUACUGUGGCUGCAAGCUCCAGAAAGCCUGCACGAGCCCUGGGCUUACUGAUGAAAUCAUGACGGUCACAUGCUUAAGGUUGAUAGUGCAUGGCUGCCUUAUGAGGACAAUAAAGUGAUGCAUUUUGAAAAUGAAGCCAGUGUGUUAGAUUCCGGACGAAGUGAUAUUUGUAUCAAUGAGAGGCCAUCCCUCUCUUUGGGUCAUUUUUCUGAUCUAGAAAGAAAAAAAAAUCCUACCCUGCACUUAAUUCUCUUGCAUCCUUUCUGUUAGAACCAGUUUCAUGGAAGGUGCCUGCCUGGGAGGAUUUCGUGAAACCCUUUAAUAGGCGUGCUGUAUUCCAUAGAUACCUGUUGAAUGGCUUGAAUGUGCAUAUGCAGGCCAGAUUGAUGGUUCUUAAAAUUCAGAGGCAGAAAGUCCUGUGAUGGCUGAUGUGACAUGGUGGUACACUAUUCUCCUUUCUAAACGUAGAACGGCCUUUAUACAUUCUUAUCCAAAAUUUUGUCAGAUGCCUCAUUCGCCUACCCUUUAGUAGCACCAGCCAUUAGAUGAAAGUGUCAAAGAUUCCUUGAACUGCAGUACAGAAUGGUUCUGAGUGAUGGCAUCAAAAGGUAAAUACUUCACCCACCAUUUUUUGUCCAUUUCUUUUGCCAUCCUAAACAUCUGCUCAAGGUGGGAUCUCAAGCUGACUUAGAUCUUUUUAUUUCUAAGGUCUCUUACAAGCUGUCUAGCCCACCCCCUCAAUUCUAUACCUGAGGAAGCAAAACCCCAGGGGAACGGAAGGGCUCGUUUCCACCUGCACACUGCAGAGCAGGGACUGCGCACAUCUCUCCUCUGCAGGUGCCACACCAGCCUGGUGCUCUGAGGCAGGCAGUGAAGGUAAAUGGGUCUGGCUUCUCUGACAUUUCAAUAAGAUUUCUAUGUAAUUUGAUGGAGGUCAUACUUUUGAGUGAGAAGAAUCUUAUUUUAAAACCCAUUUAUGUGAAUUACCAUGUUUCUUCUGAACUAGGAAGCAGGGUUUAUAAGCAGGGGAGACAUUGUAGUAACCCAGAGAUGCCUGUUCGGAAUGUAGUAGUAAUUGUGAAGCAGACAUAGGGGUAUUUUUCCUAAAAUUCCCAAUAUACAUGUACUUUCUGGAUCCUAAGUCUAAUUGCUAAAAUUUUUAAACCUAAUAUUUUAACCUAACAUUAUCACCAUUUUUUCUUUAACAGUAUUCCUUCUUUUGUCAUUUAGUUUUUUAUUUUCCUGGGUUUCACAUAUUAUUAUAAGUGUUUUAUGAGAUGACAUACAGGCCUUUUCUGAGAGUUGAUUCUUAUGAAUUGAAGUAGCUGACUUCCUUGAUGUUUUGUCAUAUGUACUAAAAUGCCUGGCACAAAACGCACCAAAACCUAGAGCAGUAGCUUUACCCUCAUGAGUUUAUAUUAAUAUAAUUGUCAAUCCACUUAUAAUUUGUGCAAUAAUGAAUGUAUGUAGAGAUUGAGUUGUCAAUAAAAAAAAGUGACCUCUUUGUGAUCAUAAAA